AUGUUGUUGAGCGCCCGACUCCUUGCGUUUUGGUGCGCCACGGCCAUGCUACUGGCGGCAGUCCAAGGUCAGGCCAAUGAAAAAGAUGGGAAAACCGUUCAGCUGGAAGUACUACCUCCAGCUCUCAACGAGGACGUCGCUUCCACCACGUCUGGCAAGGGCAAGGCUUCAACGGUAUGCCAUGGUGAACGGCACCCAUUUGAUCCACGAGUCCAUAAGCGCCAUUAUAAGGUCGGAAUCCAUGCCAUCCGUGGAUUGGAGGCAGCAGAAGAAGAGUACAAGAUGGCUUUUGAAACAUACCUCACGCAGACAGCAGGCCGUCGAUUUGAUCCUCCCGUUGACUUUACAAUUGUGGCCGCUACCAUGAAUGGAAUCUUUGAACAGCUAGAGGAUGACAGUUUGGAUUUCCUCUAUGUCAACCCAGGUGUCUAUUCCUGUGUUGGAGUGGAGUUUGGUGCUAAUCCACUGGCCACCAUUAUUUCUAGGUUGGAGAUACGGGGCCUUACCUGGGACCUGGAUGUGUUUGGUGGGGUCAUCUUCACUCGUUCUAGCAACUACGACAUCAACACCAUUGAAGACCUGAGAGACAAGAUUAUCGGGGCUGGGUCCAUCUCUAUGAUCAUGGCUGGUCAGCUUCAGUUUUAUGAGAUGCAGCGGGCUGGUCUAUCUUAUGUCAUGGACCCCAAGCAGGUUGUGUUCACAUACAAUCAAGAUGAGGUGGUUCAGGGCGUUGUCGACGGAAUCUUUGAUGCUGGCUUUGUUCGAACAGAGCAGUUGGAGCGAUCAAGCCAUGAUAUUAAUGAGUUCAAGGUUCUGCACCCAAGAGUGUUUGUCAUGGAUGAUGGGAGCUUGUUCCCAUUCUUACAUAGUACGGACAUUUACCCCGAAUGGCCGGUCGCGGCCCUUCCUCAUGUGCCAGCGGAUGUUGCCAUGGAAGUACAAGAGGCCCUGCUUGCCUUCCAAGGACAUGCAGAAGUAGGCAAGCAGAUCCAGCAUGGCAAUGAGUUUGCCCCCCAAAGAUGUGACACCACGGAGGAAGUAGCACAGCUUGCCUGGAAUGCUUCUAUUGUGGGUGAGAUUGCAGGGUUCCGGAACCCAAUGUCAUACUUUGAGGUCCGGACUAUGCACGAGGCGGCUGUCUUCAUCAAGAAGAAUGACAAAGGGGACUGGACCUGCACUCGAGCUAAUGCUGGCUCACUCUACGAUAGCUUUGACUGUCCUGAAGGGUACUACAAGCUGAACCCGGAGGAUUUCAAAGCAUCUUGCCCCGAGGUUGGACUGUCCUGCAAAGAAGGAUAUGACUGUUACUGUAAGCCUUGCAUUGAGGCACAUGAUGUUGAUGUCUUUGAAUGCUAUCAUGAUGACUACUAUGUGCACGAAGAUAGACAUCUUGGUUGUGACAAAAUGGAUGUCUGUGGAUCUAUUCAGCAGAGAGAGAGUAUCCAGUUUCGUGUGAGAGACAACCUCAGAAGAGCGGGAUCAAAUGUUUCCGUCAUCAUGCAUUUGGGAAGAGACACUGAACAUGUCCCUGUUACCACUGUGGAUGAUUUCAACUACAAGUUCAAUUGGACACACCCUAAAGUCGGAGAGGGAAUCAUGGAGGUGUCAAUCAAUGGGGUUCAAAUCCCAGACUCGCCCUUUCAAGUGGAGGUUCUCGAACGAGACUGUGAUUCGGAGCACCCUGGUCACAACAUGCGUGCUUCAGCUGAUGGAGAAUGUGUCUGCUCUGAUGGCACAUUUCACAUUGCUGGGAACUGUAUCAGUUCUACUAUUGUAGCUAUUGUUGCCUCCCUUUUCCUCUUGUUUCUUGCCACCAUCGCUGGAGUCUGCCUUAUUCGCUACAAGAUGUACUUGAACGACAAAGCGUGGGUGGUGGCUGUGGAGGAGUUGCACUUUGAUGAGCCUCCUGAGGUGAUUGGUCAGGGUUCAUUUGGUGUUGUCCUCAAAGCAGAAUACAGGGGUACCCAGGUUGCCAUAAAGCAAGCUAUCAAAACCAAUGGAAGGAGGUGGUCAAAUGCCAGUGGGUCACGAGAGAAGAGCCAGGGUGCCAAUCAGCUCACUUCCUCUUGCACAAAGGGUCCAAGACAGUCAAUAGUCACCAGGAGGAGUGCAAAAGCCAGAGAUGUCACCAACUCUGGCUCUGUGGUUAGUGCAGAACUAGAUGGUGAUGAAACUCGUGAGCUUGAAGAUGACUCUGAUGCGGGUGACCUGGAGCUUGGACUGCAAUUCUCAGCAGAUACCGGUAGUUCUGGAAUUGCAAGCUUCGGCUUCUUGCGAGGAAGCCUUCGAAAACGAGGUGCAUGGGAUGUGCUGCCUUUUGGGACAAAGCAUGACAAAUACCAUGUUCGUUUCAGGGAUUCUGUCCUGGGACACAGUGCAUCUGCAACCAAGAAAGACCUGACUGCAAUGUUUUGUCCUUGGUUCAGUAGUCAGGCUAGAAGGGAAGAGGACUUCAUGUGUGAAAUGCGUGUGCUGUCUCGGUUGCGCCACCCUUGCAUUACUACUGUGAUGGGUGCUGUUGUCUCACACAGCCACACUCCGAUGCUCCUGCUUGAAUUCAUGGAAUAUGGAUCCCUGUACGAUCUGCUUCGAAACGACUCGAUGCACCUUGCUGGUGAUGUCAUUUUGCAGAUCUGCCGCGAUGUUGCCCAGGGACUUCGAUAUCUGCAUUCAUCUCGCCCACCAGUGUUUCAUGGCGAUAUGAAGGCGAAGAACAUACUUGUUGACAGCAGGAUGCGAGCCAAGCUUUGUGACUUUGGUCUCUCUGAUAAAACAGCCAACUUGGUGACCGGAACUCCCUACUGGAUGGCCCCAGAGUAUCUUACUGGUAGGGCACACUAUGAUUGCUCGUGCGACAUAUAUUCUAUGGGCAUAAUCAUCUGGGAAAUAUAUGCCAGAAAGAACCCUUAUGAAGGAGAUCAUCUACGUGACGUUUUGAGAAAGGUGUGCAAUCGGCGUGUGAACAAACGGCCAGAGAUUGAUGAAACUUUCCCUCCCAAAAUGGUUGAGCUAAUGAAGAAAUGCUGGAGCGCAGAUCCCCUGGCAAGACCCCAUGCGACUACUCUUGACACAACCUUCUUAGACAUGAAUCCUAGAGAUGCUGAGCCUUUGGAGGUGAAGAAAGCUGAUUUGAGCGGUCAAAAGCUCUCUGAUGAGCUCUUCCCUGCAGACAUUGCUGCAGCGUUGAAGGCGGGGCAGAGAGUUGACCCAGAGCAGCACGAGCUUGUCACAGUCAUCUUCUCUGAUAUCGUUGGAUUCCACCGGAUAUAUGAAGCAAAUAGUCCAGAGAAAGUCUGCAACAUGUUGGGCCGUCUUUUCCAAACGUUUGAAAAGCUAUCAAAAGCAAAGGGUGUAUUCAAGGUGGAAACAGUUGGUGACAACUACAUGGGAGUCACUAACCUCAAUGGAUCACAACAGAGCACUCAUGUGAAGCAGGUGGCAGAGAUGGCCGUGGAUAUGGUCAACGAAGCAAACAAGGUCCUUAUUGAUGAAGAUGCACCAGAAAAGGGAUUUGUCUCUGUAUUAGUUGGUUUCCACAGUGGCCCAGUUGUUAGCAAUGUGAUUGGCUCUUUGAAUCCACGAUAUGGAUUAUUUGGUGACACAGUCAACACUGCCAGCCGCAUGGCAUCAAACUCCCGGCCCAACAGGAUCCUCUGCUCUGAGUAUUCCUACAGGCUCUUGCGGGAGCAGGUGCCAGAGUUCCCGAGUCACAAGCGUGGCAAAAUCCAAGUCAAAGGCAAGGGUACAAUGACUGUCUUUUGGGUUGGUGGCAGCCUUGUCGCCGCUGGAAGAGUUGCAGAUCGACGGCAGAAGGAAGAGAAAAAGGUUGACUUCGCACUUGACGAUUCCUCGCGCCGCUGUGAGGUCGGAGUUGCUGCAUAA